UUAACCCAGCUCUAAACAAAAGAAAAAUUACAAAAAAAAAUUUUACAGCAGGACUGCGAGCGAUAUUUGAUUGAAUCGUUUGCAGCAGCAUUGAAACAUCACCGGGAAACCAACUACUGCGCGUUGCCAGUCCGGAGUCACAGUGUUUCCAGCGGAUCCGCAGUUUUCCAGUGCCUCCUGCUUGCUGCCCCACCACAGCUUUCCCCUCCCGAAAGAAAAAGCAGAGAUUCUGCUUUUUUCAUCCAACCAUCCGUUCGUUUCCCCCUUUGCAACUUACCCCGCCCCGCCCUGUCCCACGUCCCGUCAAGGCCCCACCCGCAGACCACGCCCCCCGCCCCUAAGGUUUAAUCAGCAAACAAACAAACGAAGCAGCGAAAACGGGAAAGAGGCGAAGGGCGGCACGAGCUCCUCCUGUGAGUAAUCCGGAAGCUGGAGCAGCAGAAGCGUGGAUCCUCAUCCAACCGGCGGCUGAGCGAUGCAGUAUAGGCCACCAUGGGUUCGCAGACCUUGGAGAUAUUGCGCCAAGGCGUGUGGGCCUCGCUGACCGGCGGUUAUUUCUACGAUCCGCACCAGGGUGUCUUCUGCAAUGUGGUGCACCUUUAUCUUUGGCUUUACCUGCUCUGCUCGCCCUUUGUGGCCUACCUGUACUUUCCGAGCACCUGGUUGACAUGGUGCCUGUACUGUGUGAUAACCAGCUUGACCAUCUUGAUGGUGAAGCUGGCCAAUCUUGCACUGCACCGGCUGUACGAUCGGGCCCAGACAAUGUCCGAGGUGAACCUCAAGGGGCAGUUUUUCAAGGUCACCAAAGAGACGGAGCCGCGGCACGAUGACGAGGGCGGAAUCGAGAUGAAGGUCAUCCGGCCUGGCGGAUCGCGCAUCUCCGUCGAGCAGGCCAUUAACGAGGCCAGCGAAGAGAACAGCAUCAUGUCCAUCGACAAUGUGAACAGUAUCAUUGAUCUCAAGGUCGAUGUGCACCGUAAGAACAGCUCCGAAUCCAUCGAGCUGAUGUUCUACGCCCCCUCCAUGCUGUCCGGUGGCAGCCAGCAGGAUCAACAAUCGCUGGCCGGUUCCGCGAGCGUCAGUAAAUCCAUUCGCAGUACGGGACCCGGCGGCAAUUCCUCCACCAGUGCCGCCGCCCAGGCGGAUUUGUUCAACAAGUACCUCACCGUCUAUCCGGAGGUUGUGGAGGCGCCCGGCAGCAGUGCGGGCAGUGCCGAUGGCGGCAGCAGUGGCGGCGACAGCAGAUCCGGCGUGGCAGUGGGUGUUCUCGGCUCGGCGGGAGCGGGGACGGCACCUGUUCAGCACGUCCGAACGGGACACUUGUCGCGCAAGUGUUCCGAGGUCUUUAGCCGUCGACAUCGACGGCGUUUGGAGCGCCAAAGUAGCCUGGACACGGCGGCAGCGGCGGCGAGCUCCAGCGGCGAGCACAAGUUGAUGCGCAACCAAUCAGACACAAUAGCCACAGCGGCACCAUCCUUCCUGCACUCCCAGCCGACGAAUAAGGCGCGCGGCCAGGCCAAUCCGCGCCAGCACUUCAUAGCCAGCACCCCGUCGGCGGGAUUGGGCGGUGGAGAUGCCGCCUCCUCCUCGUCCGCCGUCGUGGUCAUUGCCCCCGCCUCAAAUGCCGCAGCGAAUCCAGGACGCUCUUCGCGUCUGCAGCGCCACAGAAGUUCCGAGACGCACGACGAGAGGCUGAAGCACCAGAACCGCGUGGGUCUCUUCCAGCCGAUUCUGCAGCUGCCGCAUCACAGUGCUGCCAGCAGCAUCGGAACGCUGGCGGUGAUCGGUGGCGGCGGAGGCAGCGGGGGAGCCAACGACGUGGAGGACAUGGAACUGGGACUGGCCAGGAAUGCGGGCAGCGGCGGGGUGGCGGACGCUUGCAGCCGCGCACUGCAGUCCUGGAUAUUGGAUCCCUAUCCGGAUGUGUACCUGGAGGACGAUAGCUACACCAAAUCAGAUCUGGGCAUCGAGCAGCCGCACCAGCCGACGUUCCGUGCCCAGCAUCACCACCAUCACCACCACCACCACCACUUGCAUCAUCAUCUGGGCGGAGCGAUCAUCCGGAAGGAUCCCACCAGCACAAUGUCUGCACUCCAGCUGGCGGGAGGCGCCCAGCCGGGAGCGGGUGGCUCGGGAUCGAGCGGAAGUGGAGCGGCGGGUGGAGGCGGUGGCUCCGCUGCCGCGAUGAAGAGACGCAGACAUUCCAAUGCCACUAGUUACAAGCACGGCUCGGGUCAGGGCAACAAAUCCUCUUUGGCGGGCAGCGGCGGCGGCGGAGGCGGCGUGGGCAGGAUCGCCGGUGGAGACGCUGGUGGAUCAGCGACAGGCAGUGGAACAGCUGGCGGAGUGAGGCGCAUCAAGAGCGCCGCCUUGGAGGUGCUCUGCCCGCAGGCCUCGGUGUCCAAUCUCAGCCCGCAUCCCAAUAGCGUGGAGGCGAUUUCGGGGCAGCAACAGAUGCGAAACCCUCUGCCGCCGCCCAGCAAGAGUCUGGUGCGCAACCAGCACCUGAAUUUGUACCCCACCCAGGGUUAUGGGGACGCAAAUCAGUCCACCGGAGGCGGAGGAGCGCCUGGUGCCGGCAGCACCUGCAGUAGCCUCUUCUUCGGCAGCUCCAGCGCCUGUGGCUCCACAACGGCCCUGAUUGAGCCACCCGUCUAUCCCAUAGUGGAGCACUCGGACGAGAAGGGGGCCCACGAGGAGCACGAAGACCAUUGCCUGGGAAUUGGCCAGGGCAAUGCCGAUGAUGAUGACGAAGUGGACGAUGUCCCGGUGAGGCGGAGAACGCGUGCGCUGGGCUGCAGCCAAACGCACUACAGCGCCGAGUCGGAUGUGGGCGGAUUCCUGGCGGACGACGUCGCCGCAGCGGAAGAUGUGUUCAAAGACUUCGACGACAACCUGGAGCACAUCCUGAGCGAGCUCCAGCAGACGCACAAUCAGCUGGACGACGUGCUGAAAACCCACGAUCUGCACCACCACUCGCACAUGCAGCACCACCAUCAACACCAUCAGCACCACAAAGGAGGAGCUCCGGUGGAGGGCACUGGACCCUCGGGAGGCGCCGUGGCCGUCGGCGUGAGUGGCGGCAACGAUGACGAUGACGAGGAGACGGAGGACAACAACACGGGCUCCCGUUCCCCGCUGCUCAGCGAUCGGAAUCGCCAGCAGGCAACGCUGCGCGAAAUCCAAGCGGACAAGCAACUCCGCCAGGAGCUAUCACACCAAUCUGGGGCAGUAAUCCCCGCCGCCGUGGCACCCGUUCCCAUUCGCAGUGAAGCGGACUCGGGCUGCCCGUCCAGCGAUUGCGAGCAGGUGAGUGCCAGCUCCAAGGACCAACUGUUGGCGGGCAUGGAAUCGGAACAGCAGCAGCACCAGCAUCAGCAUCAGCACCAGCAGCAUCAACAGCAAUCGCAGCGUUGCCCGCUGGACGAGGAGCAGCCCUGCACCUCGAAGAUGGCCGCCAAGAGCCUGGGAGCCAUUCCGAAGGUGGUGAAGUACCGCGAAGUGGACGAACUCCGGAGGAGAAGGCGAGGCGGCUCCCCGGCGGAUGUGAGCGAGGUUCAAGGCAACGAGUUCUCCUUGGUGAAGCAGUCGAAGCUGGCGUCGCGCAACUCCUCCUCCUCGAACUCGACGCACAGCAUCAGCCUGACGGACAGCUUGACGGCGGACAUCCACAAGAUGCUCUGGCUGAUGCACGGCGGGCUGGUGGACGAACGCGGGCGGCCGAUCAGUGGCUUCUCGCCGGAGGGCACGCCCAUUCCGGCGAACAGCAGCCUCGUGCCGCCGAACAUGUCGAGUGCCCACUUCCAGUUCUACCAGGACGCCAUCCAGGCGCUCCAGGGUGCCCAUCCCACCUCCGGCUCCAGUGUGGAGCACAUGACGAACAUCGAGCGCGCUCUGGCCCGGGACAAGCUGCGCCUGGACACCAAGUUGAUGUGCGAACAGCUGACGGCGGCGGCGGAGGCCAAUUCCGGAGUGCGAGGACCCAGCACGUUGACCACCCAGCAGAUCCAGCAGAUGUACCGACAACAGGUGGACAUGCUGAUGCGUGGCAGCUCGGGCCCGCGGCUUCCUACCAGCGCCCCCUUCUCCGUGCAGGGACUGAUCAAUGUCAUUCGCAAUGAGCGGCAAGUGGCGCGCAGCCAACUGGACGCACUGCAGCAGCUGCGCGACGCGGCAGCCGCGGUGGCGGCCAAUGCCAGUGAGGCGGCGUCCGUUUCGGCCUCGGGCAUCGGCGGCGGUGGUGCUUCGAGUGGCGGCGGCGGUGGCGUUCUGAGCGCCCUCGGGCUGGCCAACCAUCCCAGCAACCAGAUCAGCCAGAUCAGCCAAAUCAGCCAGAUGAGCCAGACCAUGCUGAACGUGGACGGUCACUUCGCGCCCUACUGCGACUACUGGCGGCCGGCGUGCCUGCUCUCGGCCGCGGAGAAGCCGGCGGCGCCGAAGAGCUUCUACAAGUACCGGUUCAAGUGGUGCGGGCAGGAGCACGAGUUCAAGAUCGCCAUGGACCGGCUGGAGCUGCUGGCGCUGUUCGAUCGGGACCUGCACUGGAUGCACGUGCUCCUGGCCAGUCUGCUGUGCACCAUGGUGGCCUGCCUGGGCGCGGCGAUCCUGCAGCACGACCACUACAAGGACCUGUGCGCCCUGCUCUUCUGUGCGGUGAUCGCCGGCGCUCAGUACUCGCUGGUGAAGAGCGUCCAGCCGGAUGCGGCGUCGCCGGUCCACGGAUUCAACAAGACGGUGGCCUACUCACGGGCCAUAUACUUCUGCCUCGGUGGAGGCAUGCUGCUGCUGCUCAAGCGGUUGGACACGGACUACGGGGAACGACCGCCGGAUCCGGUGGUCUUCUUUGGGAUGCGUUAUGCGCCCGCCGAUGUGGUGGCCCUCCUGCUGAACGCGCUGUACAUCCUGCUGCUGUGCUUCCCCAUCAUCUUCUCGGUGGGGCUGUGUCCGCAGAUCAACACGUUCCUUAUGUACCUGCUGGAGCAGAUCGACAUGCACGUCUUUGGCGGCAAUGCUGCCAGCAGUCUGCUGGGCUCCUUUCUGUGCGUGGUGCGAUCGGUGCUGGCCGUAAUGCUGCUCUACGGACCCCUCUACGGAGCUCUGGACGAGCACCGCGGCACGCAGUACAUCCUGUUCUCGAUCUUCUGCGCCAUGCUGGUGCCCCUCGGCUACCACCUGUCCCGCUGUGCCAGCGACUUCAGCCACCUGUGGCGCCUCAUCAAGACGUGCAUCGUGAGCACGUAUCGCGACGACGAGGACGAGGACCUCAGCCACGUUCAGCCGGUGGGUGCUGCAGGAACCGGAACGGGAGCUGGCAACAGUACUGCUCUCCAGUUGGCCACCAGCACGCCGAAGCAGCGCACGCAGACGGACUUAAAGGCGGCCGAGCAGGAGCACAUCGAGCUGAGUACGCUGGAGAAGCAGCUGGCCGCCGGCGAGGAGCAGCAGGAAAGGGAACGGGAGCAGGCCGAAGAUCAACUGGAGUCCGAGCAGGUCCUGCCGCUGCAGCAGAAGCACAGCAAGUCGAAGACCUCCUCGCUGGGCAGCAGCCAGCAAACGCUGGCCAAGACCAUCAGCAGCAGCAAGAGGGCCAUCACGGCCUCCAGUUCGUGCACCUCCAUCGGAGUGGGAGAAGCGGCGGCAGAGAGUGGCGGAGUGCCGUCCACGGAACCAGUGGAGUGCGAGGAUCAGGCGGGUGAUCUGCUGCCCAGCGAGGAAACGAGCAAGCACGAGUUGGCCGAAGCCUAUGACCAGGCGGCCAAAGCUGAGGACUCGGAGGACAAGAUCUCCAGCUCAUCGGCCACAAAUCCAGCGGACAUGUCCACACUGACGGCUGGAGCAGGCACUGCCACCAUGGACGCCACGCCCGCUUGCCUGGAGGCAGAUCCCGAUGUCGAAGGAGAAGCGCCCGCCGACGAACACAAACAUAACCCGGGAAAUCUGGCAACGGGAAUGGGAACGGGAACUGGCACCACCGAGGCCAGUGAAAACAGCAGCGGCGGAGGCGGCGGAAACGGGAACGCCAACGGGAGUUCCACGGGCAACGAUCUGCCCGAUCCGCUGCCGCGCAAACUGCAGGCCACGGUGACCACGCGGCUGAAGAACGACCUGGUGGUGAUGACCCUGCUGGCGGUCAGUGUGCUGGGGCUGCACUGCAGCACCGUCUUCACGGCCCUGCAGCCGGACCUCAAUGUGGUGCUGUACUCGUUCAUCGGCGUCCUCGGCCUCCUGCUGCACUACAUCGUGCCGCAGAUGAGGAAGCACAUGCCGUGGCUGUGCUUCGCCCGUCCCUUGCUGCGGCAGCGGGAGUUCGGCCAGUUCGAGGUGCUCAACGCCCCGAAGAUCAUGUGGUUCGAGAAGCUCUACAUCUACCUGAGUGUCCUGGAGCGGAACGUGCUCUUCCCCCUGCUGGCCAUCUCCUCGCUGACGGCGGACUCGCAGCUGAUCGUGACCAAGUUCGGCCUGCCCUGGGGCACCCUCAUCGUGGCCAUCUGCGCCCUGAAGUUUGUGAGGAACGCAUACUCCGAUCCAACCAACCAGUACCUGAUAAUCAUUUUUACGGUCUUGCUGUUCCGAAUCGACUUUGCCAUGGCCACAGAGACCUUCAUCAUUGACUACUUCUUCGUGUCGCUGGCCUUUCGCAAGUGCUGUGACUUCCUGCUGAAGCUGCAAUUCAUUGUGACGUACAUUGCGCCCUGGCAAAUAACUUGGGGCUCCGCCUUCCACGCCUUCGCCCAGCCAUUCAGCGUGCCCCACUCGGCGAUGCUGUUCCUGCAGGCGGGCAUCUCCGCCAUACUCUCGACCCCGCUGAAUCCCUUCCUGGGCAGCGCCAUCUUCCUCACCUCGUACGUGCGUCCCAUCAAAUUCUGGGAACGGGACUACAACACGCGGCGCAUCGAUCACUCGAACACGCGGCUGAGUUCGCAGCUGGAAAGGGACUUGGGUGCAGAUGACAACAACCUGAACAGCAUAUUCUACGAGCACCUGACCCGCUCUCUGCAGCACUCGCUGUGCGGGGAUCUCCUGAUGGGUCGCUGGGGCAACGUCAACCAGGGAGAUUGCUUCGUUCUUGCCUCCGAUGAUCUCAACUGCUUGGUGCACAUCAUUGAGCUGGGCAACGGACUGUGCACGUUCCAGAUGCGCGGACUCGAGUUCCGCGGCACCUACUGCCAGCAGCGCGAGGUGGAGGCCAUCACCGAGGAUGUGGAGGACAACGACGGCUGCUGCUGCUGCGAUCCGGGCCAUCUGCCCCGUCUGCUCAGUGCCAACGCCAUGUUCUCCACCCGCUGGCUGGCCUGGCAGGUCGUGGCCGCCCAGUAUGUCAUCGAGGGAUACUCCAUUUCGGACAACCUGGCCAGCGCCACGCUCCAGGUGUUUGAGUACCGCAAAGUGCUCAUCACCUACUACAUAAAGAGCAUCAUCUACUAUGUGGUGAAGAACCCCAAGCUGGAACAGUGGCUGGCCUCCGGUCCCAUCCAGGACGCACUGCAGCACACGCUGGGCCGCCAGUUCGUCGACUUGGAUCCCAUUUUCAACUUCAACCUGGACGAGGACUUUGACUUCCGAGCCGUGGGCAUCACGCGCUCCAGUUUCUGCUACGUGUACCUCAAGUGGAUUAACUACUGUGUGGACAUGCGCCGGGAUGCCGCCACCAUGGGAUCAGCAGCACCACCCAGCCAACCAUCGGCGGCUCAAGGAGGCGCAUCCUCCGCACCCGCGACGGCUUCAGCAGCAGCUGCUCCACCGCAGCCGCCGGUUACGCCGGCCCACAAUGAUUCGAAGAGCACGCCGAAUCUCUCUUCGCACGGUGGCUCAGCUGGUCCGACUUCCGGCCAGUCCAAGUCACAGUCGCAGCAGCAGCUGCGCCGCCCGCAGAAGAGCGGAGGUGGUGCUCAGGACAGCGGCGCAGCCGUGGGAGCAGGAGGCGCCGGAGUCGGAGGCGCCACUGGGGGCACCGGAGGAGGAGGACCGGGAACCAUUGGCGGAGAUCCGCAGCUGAGCAGCUCGCACAGUUUUGCGAACAUAUCGCGGCAAACGUCGGAAAGCGCGCCCGGCUUGGGUGGCUAUGUCACCUACAUGGAUCAGAACGUGUUCGUAAAGCUGGCCAAGAGCAGCACGGCGACGGGAGCGCCGGGAGCCGGCACUGGAGCGGGCGUGGGGGCUGCCACCGGCCGAAAGGAGAGCCAGGAGAAGCCGGCACUGCGGCUCAAGUUGGCCAGCGUGGGCAAGGACGCCCCGCUGGUCUCCCUCUGCCUGGCGCUGGGCCUCCUGGCCCGGCGAUCGCUGGCCACCGCCUCGCACAGUUCGCUGACCGGCGUGGAGUUCUUCCUGCACGGCCUGCACGCCCUGUUCAAGGGCGACUUCCGGAUCACCUCGCCGCGCGACGAAUGGGUCUUCGCCGACAUGGAGCUGCUGCACUCGGUGGUGGCGCCGGCGGUCAAGAUGGCGCUCAAGCUGCAGCAGGAUCACAUCACCAAUCCGGACGAGUUCCUCGAUCCGCAUUCGCUGUACGAGGCGAUCGAUAACUGCUCCAACGAGCUGGUCAUCUCGCACGAGGCCGAUCCAGUGUGGCGCAGUGCAGUGCUGCGCGGAGCUCCGAAUCUGCUGGCCCUGCGCCACGUGAUGGAGGACGGCUCGGAUGAGUACCGCAUCAUCCGGCUGACGAAGCGCUGCCUCAGCUUCCGGGUGAUCAAGCUGAACCGCGAAUGCGUCCGCGGUCUGUGGGCGGGGCAGCAGCAGGAGCUGAUCUACCUGCGCAAUCGGAAUCCGGAGCGCGGGAGCAUCCAGAACGCCAAGCAGGCGCUGCGCAACAUCAUCAACUCCAGCUGCGAUCAGCCGAUUGGCUACCCCAUCUACGUGUCUCCGCUGACCACCUCCUAUGCGGACACGAAUGCCCAGCUGUGCGAGGUGAUUGGCGGCGCCAUCACGCUGGACACCAUACGGCACACGGUGCUCGGCUGGUGGCAUCGCAUCCGGGAGCGCUGCCGCCAGGGCUGCAGCUCGGGAUCGGCCCUGGAACCGCAUCCGGGCUCGGGACCCGUGCAGCUGGGCGCCUGCAACUUCGGCAGCGGUGGCAGCGUCGUCGGAGCCGUGUCCACGGCCACGGGAGUGGGCGCCUCGGCGGGAUCUGGUCUGGGUGUGACGGCACCCGGCACGGCAAGCAGCACCGGCGGCGAAUCCGGUGACCUGGCGCCCGUCUUCAUCUCGGCCCCGCUCUACAACACGCUCACCGUGAACAGUUACUACAGCGUGCGGCCGGGAAACGUUCCGGGCGGAGCCAUUCCCGGCAACCUGGGCGGCAGCUACGUGAGCGACAGCCUGGCGGUGGUGCGCGGCGGCCUGGCCGUGAUGCCCGUGAAACCCACCUCGACGACGUUGAUCGCCGGACUGCUGAACAGAGAGCGGGAUCAGGAAAUCCCGGGCGCUGCUGUCGGAGGCGGAGGAGGAAGCGGAGGAGGAGCAGGGGCCAGUCGGGCCACCAGCAGUGGCGGAGUGCGCAGUCGAAGCCAACUGCACCAGCAGAUCGGCAGCAGUCGGGGCCGAGAUCACGAGCGCAGGGCCACGUUGCCCAUUGCCAGCGGUGGCGGUGGCGGUGGAGCGGGCGGAGAGUCGGGAAAGGAUCACCUGGCCACGCCGCAGACCCAAGUGGAGCACGAACCCAGUCCGCGCAGCACCAAGCUGUCUUCCUCAUCGGGCAGCUUGGGUCUUGGCAUGGGCGUCGGGCUGGGCAACAUCAUCACCACGCCCGGAGAGUAUCCCCGCAAGACCAAGGGACCCAUUUGCCUGACCUCCGUCGAAACGGCGGGAAUGAGUGCAUCGACGGCGGAAGGAGGAAAGCCCGCGGGAUCGGGCACAGGAGCAGCAAUCGGAGGCGGAGGCGGAGGUGCAGGCGGAGGUGGCGUCAUCCGAAAGCCGCGCAUCGAGAUCUUCAAGAAAGUGAUCAUAGUUGAUGACUCGGGGAUCUACGACUGCCUGGACAUCAUCGAUGCCGUCGUGUGGCCCAGCGAACGGAUGCGCAACAACGGUGGCCGCUUGUCCUGGAAGGACUGGGAGCCGAGUGCCGGAAUGGUCGGCCAUGUGGUGCACUGCUGGACGCCCAACCACAAGGAUGUGCGCUUCCGCUCGCACGUCAAUCGCUACGUGUACCUCGUGGAGAUCGGUGACCACUACGUGCCCGUGGAGGAGUUGGGUCUGCGGGAGUACAACCAGAUCAUGGGCAGCACCGAGGACAUGGCCAACUCGCGUCGCAGUUCCAUCCAGCGCGAGUUCCACGAGUACAACAUGCAGCUCAAGCUGGCGGGCCUCACUCCGAUUAUCGGCGGCGGCGGCGACGUUGGAUCCUCGACGACGACGACAACAGCAACGGGCAGUGGAACUUCCAAGUCGUACAAGGCCAAGAUUCGAGCGGUGAGCAGCAGCAGCUCCGAGGACGAGGACACGUCCUCCACGCGCUCCAUACCCUUGCCACGCGACGAUCCCGGCGACCUGACGAACUUCACCAGGCUGGUGAGCAUGUGGAAGGAGAUCAUAUCGGACAAUAACAAGCGCAGGUUCUACGAUAUCGGCGAGCUGUCGCCGGAGUUGCUCCAGAAGCUGGACGACGCAGUGCAGCAACAGCAGCAGACCGAUCCUCCCGCCGAGGAAGUGCAGGUGGAGGAGGAGGAGAAGGAGAUGGAGAAGGAGGCCAAAGAUACAGCCAAAGUCACUGCCAACGAAGAUGAAGAUAGGCUCAAAGAAAUGCAAGACAAAUGGGAAUUGGAAUCGGUAUCGGAAUCGGACUCGAAAAAGGAAAAGGAAAGGGAGGCGGGGCAGGAUGACGAAGACGCCCUGGAAGACGCCGAGGAGCAGUCGCCGUUGGAGGAGGUUACCGUUUCCGAGCCCGAGAACCAACCAGCUCCGCCAACACCGCCGCCCAGUCCCGUUCAUCCAGUCCAGGCCAGCUGCACAUCCAGUGAAAGUGCCAGUGAGAGUCCGAGUGCGAGUGCAAGUGCAAGUGGAAGUGGAAGUGCCAGUACCAGUGCCAACUCGCCCAGCUCCCCCUUGCACAGCCGGGAAGAGGAAGAGGAGGCAGUCGGGGCGGACGAAGAGAAGCCAGCAGUGGACACACCCGAACAGGCCACCGAGGAGGAGCCCCUCAGCGAUGGAAACGACGAAAGCGAGACGGGAACAACGGUUUAAAUAGGGAGGAUCUACCUGAGGGACAGACCUACCUUCACAUAGAUUUGCAUUUGUUUGCCAAGCAAACACCGACAAAGGCGUGGAUGCAACACCCAGUACCCAGUUCGACAUGGAAAAUGGAAAUGGACACGGACACAAUCUUGUAAUACAUAUCAGCAAAGAGCAGGGAUAGAGGAUAGAGAACGAUUCUACAGACGACGACGAUCCUGCUCCGGGCUUCCGCACUGUGUGUCCAUUUGCCUGGGUGGUGCCACAAUCCGAACACCGAUCCUGGCCAGAAACAAACGUGUAACAAACAACAAAUGAAAACACUUCCAAGAAAUCAAAGUAAAGUUUUUAAAACGACUGCGUUUAGUGUAUGCAUAGGAAUUAGGAGAAAACUACAAUAAUUCAGACAAACAAACAAAAACAAAAAAACAAAAAACAAAACAAACAAAAAAAGAUGAAAAAGAAUUCAAUUUUUAGUAUUAAUGGAAAGUUAUAGAUCAUACUCAAUAUAUAGGAAAAAAGAGCGCAAAUCGAGAUAAAGAUAAAGAUUCUGGGAUGGGAGAUCAUAAGAUAAAUAUCUAACUAAUUGUUGUAACUUGCGAAUUGUAUAAUACGAAAACGGAAAACGGAAAACCAAAUGCUUCUCAAACAUUACCUAUUUUGUUCUUUCUCCUCUUGCUAGCCAAUGCAGAAAUAUUAAGCAAACCUAAAGAAUUUAUAAAUGUAUAUUUAACGGAAAUUAGUUUAAAGUUAAUGUUAAUGAGCCCCACACAAACACAAACACACACACACAUACAGACAGAUAGACACAAAACAUACCAAAAUUGAUUGUUGAAGAGUACACAAAGGAUACAAAAUAAACCCGCAUUAAAUUAGCCUAAGCGAUAAGAGAACUUCGGACAGGAUUCAAGUUACAAAACUAAGAUAUUACAUACAAUUCCUAGAUAAUUAAGAGGAUGAUGAGGAUGAGGAUAAGGAUAAGGACAAGGAUGAGGAUGAGGAUGAGGACGAGGAGGAUCAAGUGGAAUGACGACAUGUAAAGCUCUCACGUUGCCUUAAUAUAUUAGACUGAUUUUUUCUACACACACAUUUGUAGACGUAUGUAUGGAUGAGAUGAGAUUCGAGGAGUCCCAGCCACAGCAACUGUCUGUCUGGGAAGGAGGAGGAGCUGCAGCAAAACGGAGUCCUAAUCCCGAUCCCAACUAGCGAUUUACAUGUACAUAAACAAAAUAUAAACAAAUAGGGAAGAGCGAAGCUAACCGAACAAAGCUACAGCUACAGUUUUUGUCGGCCAAUCCGAAUCCGAUCGUUCCGUUCCGUUCGAUGCGUAUAUAACCAAGGCAUAUAAGUACUACCCACUAUAUAGCCACAUGCCCAAUUAGCCAAAUCUCUCAUAAAUACAAGUGCAAGUGUAAUGCUAAUUUCUCACCAACAGCAGAUGGAUUGUAUUAAACUUACGAUGAAUAACCAAGAGAGAAAACCAACAGACAACAAACAAACUAAACAAAUACAAAA